UUGUUUUUUCUUUUGGCCGGAAACGCGAUUUUGAAUCCUCCCCGACGUUCCGCUCCGCUGCUCCUCCAGGAAGGCGCUGCCGGUGGAGCGGGCCGCCUCGAGGGAGAAGGGGCAGCCGCUGUGCAUGAAGCAGUUCUACCGCCUGAUGACGACGGUGCGCAACCCGGGCAACCCCAAGGACCAGCAAGUGACCACCGACAUCGCCAGCGACUACAUCGUGGUGGCUCGCCACGGCCAGUUCUACGUGGUACAGGUGCGCGGCGACGGCGGCGGCCCGCCAGUCAGCGAGGACUCGCUGACGGGCCGCCUCGCCUCCAUCCUGGCCGAGCCGGUGCCCGCGUCCUCCGCGGCGCCCAUCGGCCUGCUCACCACACUGCGAAGGGACAAGUGGGCUGAGGCUCGGCAGCACCUCCGCGAGGACCCCGUGAACCGCACGUCGUUGGACGCCAUCGAGGGUUCGCUGUUCAUACUGUGCCUGGACUCCCCCAUCACCACGGCCUUCAACUCGUCCAGGGCGCUGCCGGCGCGCGGCCACGCCGUCGAGGGCCGCGACGAGACCAACAUGGCGCACCAAAUGCUGCACGGCGGCGGCUCUAAGGCCAACUCGGGCAACCGCUGGUUCGAUAAGACGAUACAGCUGGUCAUCUCCUCGGACGGCGUGUGCGGCCUCUGCUACGAGCACUCGGCGGCCGAGGGCAUGGCCGUCAUCCAGCUCAUGGAGAAGAUGCUGAGCGAGGCGACCAACCCCGCCGUGGCCGCCGUCACCGAGGCCCCCAGGUCGCCGCCGGCCGUGGUGGCCAACCCGCCGCCGCGCCUGCUGGGCUGGAACGUGGACUCGGUGACGCGCGCCCACCUGCAGGAGGCUGCCAAGGCCGUGGACAGCAUGAUCGACGACCUGGACUUCUACGUGUACCGCUUCACCGAGUACGGGAAGGAGUUCAUGAAGUCGUGCAAGUGCAGCCCGGACGCCUACAUCCAGCUGGCGCUGCAGCUCGCCUACAUCCGCCUGUUCGGCAAGCCCACCGCCACCUACGAGAGCGGCUCGCUGCGCCGCUUCGACCACGGCCGCGUGGACGCCAUCAGGGGCGCGUCGUGCGAGGCGUGGCAGUGGGCCGCCGCCAUGCUGCAGCAGAAGCAGCAGGCCGCGUCGCCCAUCGCCGUGCCGCCGCUCGACACCACCAGCGGCGGCGACGAGAAGAAGGUCACCUUCGUCCUGUACGACGACAACCAAAAGCGAGAGCUGUUCAGAGCCGCCAUCAAGAAGCAGACGGACGUCAUGGUGCAGAACAUCCUCGGCCACGGCAUCGACAACCACCUGCUGGGCCUGCGGGAGGUGGCCAAGGAGCUGGGGGAGCCGGUGCCGGAGCUGUUCACAGACGAGUCCUACCGGGUGGCCAACCACUUCGCGCUGUCCACCAGCCAGGUGCCGACGACCACAGACAGCUUCAUGGGCUACGGCCCCGUCGUCCCGGAUGGCUACGGCGCUUCCUACAACCCCAAGGCCGACAGCAUCGUCUUCUGCCUGUCUUCAUUCCACUCGGCCGAGACCACGUCGACGGCGGCGUUCGCCCGCGCCCUGGAGCGCUCCCUCCAGGACAUGCGCACCUUGCUGCAGGAGGCCCCGCCUCCGCCCACCCCCAGCCCCACCCCCAGCCACGGGGACGCCCUCGACCUGAAGUAGAGGCAGGAGUAAUUUGCUAAGACCGCCAGUAUUAAGAUAGGCAUGAACGUCGGCUUUGCAUAAUUGGAAAAGGAAAAGGAUUGCAGUUGGUGAUGGAUUUGGAUUAGUCGGUUUACCCUCGACAUCUGUAAGGUCAGAGGUUCUUCCUUUAAUUGCUUAGUUUUUCUUUGGCAUCAGAAAAAAAGAUUAGAACACGAAGAGAGAAAAGUAAUGAAAAGAGACACCUUUAGGGAAAGAGAAACAAAAGCUAGUGCGUGACAAGAGAAGGAAAAAAAAGUUGGGAAGCAGUGAUAAUAGGCUGUCCACAGAUCUGCAUUGCUAUAUAGUUUUAUAGUUGCAUAUAUCUUUAAGAUGUGUUGAGCACUUACCUAUCUCCCCAUCAAACAUGACAUGGGCCUAUCUAUAUAAUAAGAUAAUGAGGUCGCCACUGGGUGGCGACAGUAGUAAAUUUGUUGUUAUGUCUCAAAUAUUUAAAAAUAUGAAAUAAACCUAUUUUCCGAGGAAUUUAACACCCAAGCGCUGAAAGGUGUGACUAGAUCUCCCACGUGCCAUUUGAAAUGAGCACGGUAUUUACAUAUCAUAGCCUUUCAGUGCACUUUUGGGAAAUGGUUGUUAAUCAAUUGAAGAUAAACUUGCCGGGCAAGCCCUUUAUUUCUUGAUGUUAGAGUGCUGGUCAAUGUGUGUUCUUAUUCUUGAUUCCUUUUUGUGUCGUAGAGAGAGAGAGAGAGGCGCACGGAACCCACUAGUUUUUCUUGCGUGGCCCCGUCCUAGUGGUGGCGCCUGCAGGGUAGGCAGCCCCGGACGCAGCGCUGUAAAACUAGCGCGUUCCGUGAGCCAGCCAUGUUUUAUUUUCUGAGUAAGUUUAAGCCUGCCGGUCAGCACAGGUGUGCAAUGUUAGAAACUUUAUGUAUCAGAGGCGUACUACCCAGCCAGUGCUUAGGAGUUCGAAACAACAUAGGGUCAAUGUAGAGUCGAUGGAUUUUUCAUCGAUUCUUUGACAAAUCAACGUCGUCUCAAACACCUAAUUCUGGCAGGGUACUUAUGUUUUUUGAAAAAGCUGUUGCAUUGCAUUACUUACAUUUUUUAUUUGAACAACGGCUUUGUUAUUUAAAAAAUGACUGCAGAGUAGAAAUUGAAAUAAAUGACACCCAAAGCCUCAAAGUAGGAAGCACGACACAGCAUGUGAAAAAAAAACCUGUGUGUGUGUUGUAGUAAUUGUUUAGUCGUAGAGUAUAAUUAGAAUUCAGCAGCCAGGAUAAAGGUUACACUGAUUACGUAAGUAAAGUAAGUUUAGGAUAAAUCAUUCUGGCCAUCCACUUGUUUCCAAAGAAAUAAAGUCACUGAGUCAGCUGGUC